UGUCAGUCUCAAUUCUCAGCCGGCCGAGGCGGAUUCUGGAGCUUAACGAGUUAUUUUUACAAUUAAACGGAGUAGCGUAUAGAGUACCAUGCUAUCUUCACACUUACUCAUCUGCCUAAUCUGGUGGUCGCACUUUGUAUUUAUUGUGCAAGGUGAUGGCAUGAUUGAGGUUUUCAAAUGGAAGCAGAUGGACUUUUACAAUCGCGGAGAUGGUCGCCAUAACGUUGAAGCUAAUCAGGGCCACCAGGGCAGCAGCAGGCCCGAUAGGCCAUACAAUUCCGCUCCGGUAGUGUUUCCAGGAAAGUACUCCCGUCUAAAACGUGAAAGUUUCACCUCCCGCGACACCCCCCUCGGCGUUAGUUCACGCAUUGGGAGCAAUGAUAAUGCUAAUGCUCCGUACAUUCCCUACAAUAACGUACCGAUGGGCGCCACACAUUUCCGGGGACGCCUCUUCGUCACGAUGCCCAGGCGGCGUGUCGGCAUCCCGUCGACCUUGAACUACAUCGACAUGACGCGCGACGCCAGAGAGCGAAGCCCCAAGCUGCACGCCUAUCCAAAUUUCGCACUGAACCAGUUUAAUGAGAGUUCGCAGAAUCUGGUCUCUGUCUAUAGGACCACCGUAGAUGACUGCCAGCGUUUAUGGUUCAUUGACACCGGAAUGCUGGAGUAUCCAAAUAACCGCCAGCAAAUCCGGCGUCCCAGCAUUUGGAUUGUCGACCUCAAAACUGAUCGGGUGAUCAAACGCUUUGAGAUUCCCGAAAGCCUUGUGGAGACUGGUCGGGGCUUGGCCAGUAUCACCAUCGAUGUGCAACCCAACAAGUGUGGCGAGGCGUUUGCCUACAUUCCGGAUCUGGUCUACCGGCGCCUGUACGUGUACCAUCUGUCGGACGAUCGGAUUUGGGCCUUCGAGCACAACUACUUCAACUUUGAUCCACUGGCUGGCGACCUGAACAUUGGCGGCCAGUCGUUCCGAUGGGACGAUGGCAUCUUCUCCACCACACUGGGGCCACGGCAGCCGGACGGGAGUCGCGACGUCUACUUCCAUCCGAUGGCCAGCACAAACGAGUUCGUUGUCUCCACUCGCGUGCUGCAGCUGGAAUCGAAUUCGGCACGGGCCGAUCAUGGCAGUGAUUUCCGGGUGCUGGGCGGCCGCGGUCCGUCCACGCAGUCGACAAUGCACGAGUACGAUCCGCGCACUGGGGUGAUCUUCUUCGCUGAAAUACAGAAGAACGGAGUUGGAUGCUGGAAGACCAGCAAACCCUUCUCGGUGCAGAACCAUGGCACAGUCGACUCGAAUGCCAGCGAUAUGAUUUAUCCCAGCGAUUUGACGAUCGAUGACGAGGGCACCAUUUGGAUGAUGUCCAACUCCAUGCCCAUCUUUAUAUACUCCACGCUGGACACGGAUGUCUACAAUUUCCGGAUCUGGAGGCAGUCGACUUCGAAGGCUAAACGCGGCACCGUCUGUGAGUGAUUGAAAUUAACGAGCAAU